UGUAUGUGCAAGUGAUUUGCGGAAACAUAUGAAAACACACAAUAAGGUCAAGAGUAGAGUUCAGUUACCAGAUAAAUUCAAGUAUGACCUUGAAAAUAGUGAUGCCUGUGAUGACAGUCCUUAGAGAGCUGUGUGGGUGAAGAUGAGUCAGUCAGGGAAGAUGAAGGAACCAGCGAGGCGAGAGGGUGUGAAGCAGAGCCUGAUUACAACCAUCCUUCAGUGCUCCUUCACACACGCUGUUGUACAGGAUCGGACUCUCGACCUAAAUCUGAAGCUUGUAAUGGGAGAGGAUGAUGGUGAUGGGCAGAUGUUCAGCAAGUUCGUCCAGGGGGUUGUGACAUGUACUCAAGUUGUUGCAGAGUCCGUCUGCUCAAAUGAAGCAGACGGCUGUGACAGGUGUGGGGAGAGGCUGGAGAAAAAGGAGACACUGAUCCGUAUCAAUUUGACAUCAGUGGAUGAGAACUGUGCUUGUGGUACUGGAGUGGAGGUUACUGACUUUCCAGAUAAAAGUGAAUCUGAUUGUGCAGUUCUGAAAAACACUGCUGAGCCAAAACAAGCCAGCGUUGACCCUGCUGAGUCUGUGACAGGGAGUGAUGAUGAUGAUGAUGAGGAAGAGGAGGAGGAAUGUAGUGAUGAUGAAAUAGAUGAAACGUUUGAACAGUUUGACACACACAUGGAUGAAGAAAGUGAUAAGGCAGCUGAUGAUGAUCAGCAGAAGAAAACAAAAACAUCUGAUUUAUCAAUGGACAGCGUCAAGAACAAUGAGGUGUUCAACACCAAUACAGGGAGACCCCCGUCGAUCUUGUCGACCACGAGAGAAGUAUGUCUUAGCUUUGAAAGCACUGAAAGAGCCAGAAAGUUGUUCUACAAAAGCUUUAGAGGAUGUGGAAAGAGGGACAUCACUCUCAGGAGAGACACUUGAGUCUAAUGAUCCACCCUGGGAACAGGCAGACAUUGUGUCUGAUACAGACAAUCCACAAGUAUUAAAUAAGAAAUCAAAAACUAAAAGAAUUAUUGUUAAAAAACCUGUGACCAGAA